AUGACGACGCCGGUUCACCUCUUGCCAAGGGGGACCUCAUGGGGGGAGGACUUGCAAAUCUACAAGGCGUCGAAAGCCAUUCUCCCGUGGCGGCCAGACCAACAACAUCCUGUGCGUCACAUCACUCGAUAUGAAAAGUCUCGCGAAGAGCGCGAGUACGACUUGAUUCAAGCGCAGUACCGCGACGUGCAGCGGGAAGCGGCUACAAAAGACCGGGAAAUCAAAGCCCGCAUGCAAGCCCUUGCCGAUGCCAAAGCAAAACAAAGCCGCUACGUCCAAAAGUUCAACUUGAUCAACCACCACACGGCCGAAGUCGAGCCGGUCGAGUCCGCGCUCCGUCCCCCCAACACACGCGCGCCAUACAACAUUGUGAACCACCAGGACUUGGACGUCCCGCCCGUUCAAAUUGCUCCGUCCGACGGUCUCGGAAAGAAGAUGGUCGACAGCCAACACCUCGGGCGACCGUUUAACGUGAUCAGCAACAAGUACCACACCAACCACGACGCGAGAUCGCAAGCAGACGCGGCGCGGCUGCACGAGCACGCGAUUGCAAAGUUCAACAAAACACAUGACUUCAACCCACUCCUCGUGCGGUACUACGACUCGACCAAAGAAAUGGCGUUCGUGGAGGCCCGUGCGGCCAAAGAAAGGGUCCACGGCAUCGACCGCGACGACAAACUGCCCCACGGCGAGCAGUUUAGUGCAGGCAAGCUGUACAACAUCCUCAACCACGAGAUCCUCCGGCCAGAGAAAUACGAAGCCGUCACGAAUGUCGGGAAUCGACGGCUCCACUGCAUGAAGUCGACGCAAAUGAACAAGGCCAUUCGGGCACGGGCCGAGGCACUGGAAGACGCGAUGCACGAACGAGCACUCAAUCGCAUUGCCCAUGAACGGAACGCCCAAGCCUACGUCCAUGGAUUCGACCCCGUGACCAACCAACCAUUUGAAGGACGUCUGCGGAAACCCAAAGUGCCUCUUCGAACCCACGUGAAACCAACGGCAUGGGGUCGUGUGGACCAUCCAUCUAGGCCGACAAUGAGCAACCAGACACUCGACAGAGUCCUGCCUGCGUUGGCAUCGCCAUCACACGCAGCGCCGCCCCAUGGAGGCAUGCUGUCGCCGAUCCAACCCGAGAUUUUGUUUAUAAGCCACGACGAGCGUGUGGACCCGGAACGAGCCAAGGUAUUUGCGUCCCCCAUGACCAAAUCACGUUAA